UUAAUGCAUAUUUAUUUUCAGAAGUGAAUGAAUGAUUGGUAUAUAAUUUACAGUUGCAUGUGUGUGUGUGAGGUGCUGCACAAAUCCAGAAAAACAAUAGUGAGGGAAGGCAGGCAGUGUAGCGUCAUGUGUUUUACUCCCUGCACCAAAAUAGCACACUGGGUUCAUGCUUAACCUUUGACCAACAUAGAUGAGGUUUUUGGUCUUUAUCUGGUUUGUAACCCGAGCAUACAUCCAGCCCAAUCAGUGGUCUUUGUGCUCCAUAUAUUGAACUUUCAACGAGGUAAGCACAUGGCCUGACUUCACCCAUGCAAUCAUUUACCAUUAUGUAUUUAGCUGCUAAUGACGUAUUUAAGCUGUUAACAUAAGUAUUUUAAUUGAGUACAAAAAUGGAACCGAGUAUAAAUGAUGUUUUUUCAAGCCUUUUAAGUAUCUCCAAGCUCUCUGAACUGGGCCAGGUACCAUAAACAUUAAUAACAUUUUAUUGUCUUUUUGGUAUUUUAACACUGUGGUUGGCCAGAUGUGGCUCCUAUUACCUUAGAAAUAAUAGCCACAGGACACAGAAACAGACUAAACAUACUUUUAUUGUAUGCUAAGAUUCCUUGAUAUCCGGCAAAAGUAAUCCUGUGUCUCAAGAGCUAUAGUAAUGUUUGGUAAUGUUAAUUAUAUUGGUAUGAUUGUGUACUUUUAUUUUGAUGCUUUGGCAACCUUUUCUUUUUUUUUUUUAAAUUUUAUGCCAAUAAAGCCACGUUGAAUUGAACAAUUCUGCAGCUUUGAAAUAAGCUCGUAAAAACGGAUUUUCAUCCUUUUAUUUUGAAAACCCCAGAGUACAUUUCACCGGAAAUCCGGACACUUACUUUCACCUACCAAACAAUCAACCCAACUUCACUGCCCACCGACGUAGCGAGGUAAUAGUCGGAUAGACGAUGCUAAAGUUAAGACAACAUUGAGACUAAUUAGUGCAGCCGUGAGACGUAAUAAAGACGGUAAUGUUGGCUGUUUUGCAAGAGUUUGUUCGUUAUUAGCUCACGCGGACCUGCCAGAGUGCAGAUGCCUCGUUUGGAAAAGUCAAAUGGCAGAGGGACAAAAAGACCUAAAUUAGACUGGACGUUUGUGCAGAGGUUCUGCAGCAUCCAGAAGGUCCUGUUCCCGUCAUGGACCAGUCAGAGUGCUCUGAUGUUUGGGACGCUGCUUGCGGUCACUCUGACAGAGCAGCUAAUCAUUUACCAGGUGGGUGUCCUCCCCAGUCACUUCUACAGCGUGCUGGCAGACAUGGACUUCUCGGGCUUCCGGACUCUGGUGGGCACAGCGAUGGUGCUCAUCUUGCUCAACUCCACAUUAAAAAGUAUCGACCAGUACAUUUGCAAUCAGAUGUACGUUAGCUGGAGGAGGACGCUAACUGAGAGCCUCCAUACGUCCUACUUCCAGGGCCGAGUCUAUUACACCCUCAAUGUACUCCGAGAGGAAAUAGACAAUCCAGACCAGCGAAUCAGUCAGGAUGCAGAGAGGUUGUGUAAGCAGAUGAGCACCAUGGCCAGUCGUUUGAUCGUAUCACCGUUCACGCUGGCUUACUACAGCUACCACUGCUUCUACAGCACCGGCUGGAUUGGUCCUGUGAGUAUCUUUGGCUACUUUGUGAUCGGGACCAUUGCCAAUAAAAUCCUCAUGGGGCCGAUUGUGUCGACUCUGUUUGAGCAAGAGAAACUGGAGGGGGACUUCAGAUUCAAGCACAUGCAGAUCCGCGUCAAUGCAGAGUCUGCAGCUUUUUUCAGAGCCGGUAAAGUGGAGCACAUGAGGACCGACCGCAGACUGCAGACUCUGUUACAAACUCAGAAGAGUCUAAUAAACAAAGAGCUCUGGCUUUAUAUCGGAGUAAACACGUUUGACUACCUUGGAGGUUACCUCAGCUACAUUAUAAUCGCCAUUCCAAUCUUCACCGGCAUCUAUGAUGGUCUCACUCCUGGGGAGCUCAGUGCACUCAUCAGUAAGAACGCCUUUGUGUGCAUCUACUUGAUAAAUGGCUUCACACAGCUAAUAGACCUGUCAACCACUCUGUCAGAUGUGGCUGGAUACACCCACAGGAUUGGGGAGCUGAGGGAGGUGAUGGAUGACAUCCUACGGAAGCAGUGUGACUACGACCCGGCAUCAGGGGACAACUACGACUUUGACAGUGACUUCAACGUCCAUGCGGGCCCUGCAGACACUGCUUUCAUCCUGGACAAUCUUUCAUACAAAUCUCCUUACUCAGACAAGCUGCUGGUGGAGGAUCUGAGUCUGAAAAUCAGCGAGGGAACACAUCUACUGGUGGUGGGGAACACGGGCACCGGCAAGACGUCACUAGUGAGGGUCCUCAACCGACUCUGGGAGGCACAAAGCGGUUUUGUCCACAUGACCACAUGUUUCGGGCCCAGAGGAACCCUCUUCCUGCCACAGAAACCUUACCUGACUGAUGGAACACUGCGCGAACAGGUGAUCUACCCAUUGAAGGACAUUUACCCUGCAUCAGGGUCAGUGGACGAUGACAGAAUUAUACAAUUCCUGGAACUAGCUGGAGUGUCCGGUCUCCUGGAGCGGACGGGCGGCUUGGAUGAACGGGUGGACUGGAACUGGUAUGAUGUUCUGUCUCCAGGGGAAAUGCAGCGUCUCUGCUUUGCUCGUCUCUUCUACCUGCAGCCAAAAUAUGCAGUGUUGGACGAGGCCACCAGUGCUCUGACGGAGGAGGCCGAGGCACAUCUGUACCGGACCUGUAAGCAGCUCGGCAUGACUCUGGUCAGUCUGGGACACCGCAGCAGCCUGGAGAAGUACCACGAUGUUCAGUUGAAACUGUGUGGAGAAGGCCUGUGGGAGCUAACCAAGUUAAAAGGAGGCAGCAAGAGCCCCAGAGAAGAAGCACCGUGACUGCAGGGUCAUCGCACACUCCUGAAUUCCUCAGUUAGUAACUAACACUCAAGUGCUCGUCAACAAGGUGCUUUAAAAACCCAGUUUACUGCAGUGCAGGUGGAGACCUGUACUCAUGCAACAUUGAGGCCGAGCCAAACAAAUGGUUUGGACCCAAAGACUGGCUCUGUAAUUAUCAGAGUAGAUUCACUUAUGACAACAAAUCAGGAAAGAGAAGGACACUUGUUUAUUGUAUUAUGUUUACAAUCACUACUGGAGAGAGUACAUCUGUGGAUUAUACAUAGUUUUAAAGAGUUGUUUACCCGAUUUCAUAAAAAUGUAAUAUGUACAAUAAAAACAAAGGAAUAUUUGGCCUUUAAAAACAGUUUUUGAUGCACAUGUCUGGCGAAGUGAAAUAGUGAGUAAUGUGCAAGCAUCACUUGUCAGACAGUGCAUCAUUGUGGUUGUUUGCUACAGAGGUCACGGUGACCCUGGAUGAUCUCUUGAACUGAUGCAGGGUCAUCCAGCGUGUUGAUGUCCCCCACCCCGUCCAGGUCCCGCUCCACCACUUUCCGCAGCACUCUGCGCAUUAUCUUACCUGAGCGUGUUUUCGGCAGCCGCUGGACGAACUGUGAGAAUUACGUGACUUAAGUAGAAGUUGGUAUUAAAUGUGAGUUUAAAGACGGCGGGACAGAAUUACCUGGAUGAAGUCUGGACAGGCGUACUUGGCGAUCUUUUUAGAUACCAUGUUGUGUAGCUGCUGACGCAGGUCCGCCCCCUGGUCCUCCACAUCCUGUUUUAGCACCACAAAGGCAUAAACCCCUGACAACAAAGAGAAGUCUUUACUAGAAUAGGCAUUCCUGUGUUUAACAUGAUUUUUUUUGACUGACAACAGAUUUCUUGCUCACCUUGUCCUUUGAUGUUGUGCGAGUAACCUAUGACAGCAGACUCAGCCACUGCAGAGCAUUGAUUCUGUUACAGAAACAAGUGUGGAUCAUCUGUACACUUUAUGGCAAAAACAUAAAUGUCUCUUUGGGGAACUUUUAAUCAAACUGAAAUUACGUUAACCCUGCUCAAAGAUAUCAAACAGUUUAUUACUUUUGAAUGUAAUUAUAUUCACUCUUUUUAUUCCAUAUUACUCAUUUUAAUGACUCAAUGCUUCCAUAGCAUACUAGUAAGCUAACGUUAGCAUGUUACAAUUAUAUUAUGUAGCAAGCAACGCUCAAAGACAUUGAAACAUGUUAUUGAUCUACCUUACCACAACAUCCUCUAUCUCUGCCGUCCCAAUCCUGUGCCCGCUCACGUUGAUGACGUCAUCGAGGCGGCCUGUGAUCUGGUAAUGACCCUCCUUAGAGCGAUAAGCGCCAUCACCAGUAAAGAAGUAACCUAUUGGCACAGAGAGUAAAGACUUGAGUUUGUGUCUUAGGAAACACCAUAAAAGUAGAGACUGUUGUUUAUCCCGAACACAUCUUUCUGUACCAGGAUGAGGCUGACAGUAGGUCUCAAUGAAUCUCUGGUGGUUGUUGUGAAUGGUUCGGGCCAUACCAGGCCAGGGCUGAGCUAUGCACAGAGCUCCAGAGGUGUGGUUGGAAGUCAGCACUUUUCCCUGAAAGAAAUAUUAAGAACAGUGGUAAUGUUGAAACAAGGACAACAAACGAAUUAUGCAUUGAAAGUAACAAAUCAAUGUCAUGAAUGCAAAAAAGGAUUUUGGUUGGAGCACAAAAAUAUCUAACAUAAUUGUGCUAGAAAGUGUCAUACAGUGCAUGUAAUGUUAAGCAUUGAAUGAUCAGUGAGAGGUAAUUUAUGCAACAUAAGAGGAAGAGAGAUGAGCCACCACUCCAACUGUCUGUGCAAUCUGUGCAAAAUCUGCAACAGCCACAAAGUAGUAUGACAGAUUUUUAAUAGGGAGUGAUGGGUGGGAGCAGGGUGGGUAUCAAAAGUGACACAGCUGGUGAAUGUUUUAUAAUCCUAAUCUGACCCUCCCUCCAGGCCAUUCCCAGACUCCAACAUUUUCAGGGACGACACACACACAGACAGAGGGAUGAGCCCCACACCUCAGCGUCCAUGAGCACGGGCUUAAUGCCAAAGAAAGGUCUCAUAGCCAUUCCUGGGACAAUCCCUGCGUCUGGUUCUGAUGGCCUUGGGCUGAUGCAGAUGCCACCUGUCUCUAUGAACACAGAGAAAAACAAGGCAAAUUGUAAAGCUGCUAUUUUAUCUAAAGAAAAAUGUUGACUGUCCAUAAAUCCCAUUAAAAGAUCAAAACAGACAAUGUGUUUGUCAGGUUUUCUUUCUAACUUUCCUUCAAUGUGGUACUCAGCCCUGAACCCGUUGGUUUCUCCUAAAGAUGUACAUUUUGAAAAACAGGUCACAAUAAUUUAUACAUCAGGAAUACGGAUCGAGAGUAACCUAAGUAAGUACACAACUGUAAAUCAAUGUUUUUUUUAAAAGCACUGGAGCAGCGCUAAAAACAGAACGGGGGAUGAAGAGUAAAAUAAAGGGACAGGAGGAGAAGGUAAACGACGGUUAACUAACAGUCUGUAAACCUAUAUGCCCUUGAUACGUUGAAAGAUGUAGAUUGUGGAAUUAUCAGCCACACUGAGUAAAUUAAAUUAGGUUUUCCUGGACCUCAGGGACCCUGGUAAUCCGCCUGGUGGUGUUGGUGGCAACAGUGCUGGACACGGCAGAGGGGACCCGUUAUUAAGUAGGACACAACAGAUGAUCCCACAAUAGCAUUAGCAACUGGCAUCCUGUUCAAAUCAACUGCUACUGUGAGACUAACAUUUUUUUAUAGCUUUUUUCGACAUACAAUAUUAUGACUUUUUCCAACAUGCUAUACUUUGAAC